AUGACUUAUAACGGCCAUUACGAUGAAAAAUUAGGCAUUCUGUUAUUCGCCUGCCCUGAAUGUCAAAAAAUAGCAGAAACAAAAUGUAGUUCAGAUCCAAACGAAAAAGAAAGUAAACAAGGAGUCAAACAAAAAUUAUCUAAGGAAAGAUAUACGUCUAUUUUUAUCAUAUCUAAAGUAAAACACAGUCGUAACUCACUAGAAACUCAAAAAAAACUCUCAACUCUCAAGCGCGUAGAAAUCAUAUGUAAGGAGGAGGUUAACGAGAUCGAGGCAUGUGAUGAAUGUUAUCACAACGCUCACACACUGCCUUUUGAUGAAUGGUUUACCGUAGUCUGUGGAUCAGUUCAUACCCUGGUUUGGGCUAAAAUGAAAGGGUACCCAUUCUGGCCUGGUAAGGUGCUUCGAAUCCACCAAUCAGGUGGUGCUAUUGAUAUUAAAAAUUCAAAUAAUGACGAACAAAAUGGUGUUUCAAGUGGUAGCAGUACGCCAUAUAGUAUUCCCAAUGCCAACAACGUUAAACUGGAUGUUAGAUUUUUUGGAAAACAUAAUAGGUCUUGGUUGCCCUUACAAGCUUGUUUUAUUUUAAGCCGAUCCCCACCAACUGGCCCGAUGAAUACUGGUAUACCCUUACGUUUUAGAAAUGAGUAUGAUGAGGCACUUAUCGAACUAUCUAAAUAUAUUGUUAAUUUAGAAAAAAAGUUUAAAAUAGAUUUCCCCUACGCAGAAACAAAUAUCCCUUUCCCAUUGACUACUAAUAUAUCUCAUAAUAAUGCAUCAAACUAUGAUAUAAAUGAAACUCUUAGAUACUUAUAUUACCAAUUCAAAAAAUGCCAUAAUUAUGAACAUAAAUCCUCUGGCUCUCACUCGAGUAAAAAUCCUAAUAAGGGUAAAAAACAUUCUAAAGAAUCUUUUAGGGAUAAAUUUAAACCCAAGAGAUAUCGCGAUGAUUAUAAAUCAUAUUUUUCCAGCAAUUCAAGCCUCGAGGCUCGUGUCUCUGCGGAAAAUCGAAAAAAAUUUUAUUCCUCAACUCAGCGUUACGUAAAAAGUAAGGUAUAUAAGGUAGACACGCGCGAUUGUUUAACUUGCGAUUCAGCUUCUGAUCAUUCUAAAGUUGAGAACCAUCAUACCAGUCAUGGAAAUGUUGAUAAACCUCAGAAUACCCACAUAGUUAGUAAUAGUGAUGUACCGAAUUCGAAUAAUAAAAAUCAACAUACCUAUAAAAACGAUGAUCCACAAAUCACUUUGAAUACAGGAGACUCAAAAAAUAAUAAAAUUAUUUGUCAAAAUGAGAAUAAUUAUAAGGAUGCUGGUGAAAAAAAUGAAAAUCCUGGUGUCAACGAUAUUUUAUGGGGAAGCUCAAUAGACAAGCUAUGUAAUCAAAAUUUAUCUAGUAUCUUAGAUAAAAUCUUGCAAAAUAUAAAAUCGGGCAAGACAAGUUUUCCCAAAAGCAAUAUUGACACUAUUAAAUCAAAUGAUACGAUAAAUGCAGAUCCAAAUGAUGAUUAUUGCGAAAAUAUGUUAAAAGCUGAUGUCGUCAAUAUCGAAUUAGGCAAAAAAUUGGUUAUAAAACUUAAUCAAUUGCAAAUGAGUCUACAUAAAGAUUACUCUAGCCUAAAUGGAACAGCUGAGGAGAAAAUUGAUAACGUUUUUAACAGUGAUAGCAUUUUACUUGAAAACACACUUAAUCCUGAAAUAUUUCAGAGUAAUGAUGACGUUGACACUUAUGCUUAUCAUCUAAUAGAAGGUAUUGACCUUAAUCCAAAUGAGCAAGAAAUUGUUGAUGGCAACGGUGAUAAAAGAAGUUUUUUACAACAUAAUUUGAGCAGUGAAAAGGAGGUAAUGGAGGAUAUAUCGGACGACGAUUUCGAUACUACGAUAAUCAGAGGAUCAAAAUCUUUAGAAAAAAAUAAUUUAUCUAUAAUGAAUCCAAUGAACGAGUAUAGCUUUAUUAUCAAAAUAUUAAGCAAAGAUGAUAUACUAAAAGCACUAGAACAAAAAGGGGAAAUGAUUAGAAAGGAUAUCCAAGAUUGUUGUACACAUGAAAAAUAUUUGUUUUGGGGAUCCGAACAGCUUCCAAAUAUUAUAAAUGUAAAAGAUGCUAAUUACCGGCAAAACAAUAAUUAUGAUAAAAGUCAGGACAUCGAAAAUGAAAUAUUUUCAGGAUUUCAAGAGAAUCCAUCAAAUAUUACGAAUAUGAAAUCUCCUAAACGUCAAGGGAAUGAUAACUGUGACAAAAGCGAAAAUACAAAAGAAGAUUUCCCAAGAUCCCAAGAGCUUCAGUCAGGCAACGAAAUUAUCAAAGUCCCAGAAUCACGAGGUAACGAUGAUUGUACUAAAUUUGAUGAAGGUACUAAUGAAACAAUUGAUAAAUCUAAUCAUGAAAUUCAAAUUUCUUUAGAUUUUCAAUCAAACAUCUCAUCAACAUUAUCUAUUCCUGAUGUGAUUACUAGAACUAAUAAGGAUAAAAGCAACGAGUUGCCAUUAGAAAUCUAUGAUAAAAAGCCUAAUUUACUUGAAAUGGAUUUAGCCAGAAGGAUUAGAUGUGAUAUUGAAGAAGGUGAAAUCGUCUCAGAAGUUAUCGAUAUAGUAGAGCUGGACUUAUGCCCGAAUUCCAUUGAAGUUAACAUCGCUCAAGUAUUGAAUGCGAAUUCGCUGACCAUUGAAAAUUCAAUCCAGAUUUCAAAUAACAUGUUAUCUUCACCCAUGUCCAAUGAUAUAUUUGUAUAUAAUUCAGAAACCGCUACCUUACCUCAUAUGACAACCAUUUCCAAUAUAAUAAGUAUAACAAGUUUAAACUUGGCGGAGGAGCAAAGGGUUGAACAAGGUAUAAACGAGGUUUUAUCGCAAAAAUCUUUAGAAACAGCAAAUUCUAACGUUUUCAAAGAUCAGCUACUUAACAACGAUGGUAAUCAAGAGGUUACAGCUAACGUUACUAUUUUAGUAGAUUCUAAUGAAAUGGUAUCAAGAGAUAACGAAGAUAUAAUAAACACAAGUAGUUUCAAAUCUUGCGGUUUGUCCGAACAAACCUACAAUGAAGAGUCAAAUUGCAAUCAGUUUUCUGAUAUUGAUAAUAAUUUAUCAUCUUGCGAAGAUUAUGUUAUGCCUAUUCCAUUGGAUUAUGCAAAUAACGCAAUGCAUAGCGUGAUUGAUGGUUCUUCAAACAUUAGUGCACGUUUGACAGCUAAUGAACAAUAUAUUGUCAAUGGUGGGAUGGUCAGUGGCGUAGAAAGGAGUAUAAUUGUUAUUGAAAAUGAAACAUCUAACAUAAGCCAUAAUGAUCCUGAUGCUAAUAAUAAUUUAGAAUCUCAUAAAUUUAUCCAAAAUAAUACAUUAAUUAAAAAAUUUAAAAAAGAAGCGAGCGUAGAAAAUAUUUCGGACAAAGGUUUGGCAAAUACUAUCACAUUAGAAUCAUGCUUAACUUCUAUCUUUGUUGAUAAAAAUAGCGAAAAUAUCAAUAAAAAAAUUUUGAUCCUUAAUAAAAGAAAAAGUGAAAACGAUGGACUCGAACCGUCUAACCAAUUUGUUACCACUAAGUCCUCGAUUCCCUCAUCAAUUGUCAAUCUCUAUAACAACCUAAAUUCUUUUGACAAAAAUCCGAUUAGUUCAUUGCUCGAUAAUCCUAGAAACACCAAAAAUAUUUCAAAAGUCUCAAAUGAUUUAUUUAUAUCCGAUUUAAUGAAUAAGGAUAGUAUGAUCAAUGACGAUGCCGAUAUUCAGAUACUAGAUGCAAUUUUAGGUGGGUUAGAUAAUUUACAAAAGAAACGAAGAAAGAUAGCGAAAAACGAAAUUUUAAACGAGAAUCAUGCAAACAUGUUUAACGAAGAAGGUAUGAUAAUUGAGGAAAUUGAAGGUUCUGUGAAUGGGGGCAUAGAUUCCUCCGAUCGAAUUUUGGACAAAUCCUUUAUAGAAUCCAAAUUGAAAAAUAUAAUUGACCAUCAAAAUAAUCUACAAAACAAUAGCGAAAUGAAUCUAACCAUUUCUAAUAGCUUGAAUCUCGAGCCUUUAAUGAAAAAUAUCGAGCUAACGAUUAAAGACUACAUAAAAAAGAAGUCUCAUAUAUCUUUCACCCCUACCAUAAUCACUUUAUCCGAUAAUGAUAUUGGUAUAGAGAACCCAAUUUUCACUACUGCAAAUAAUACAAAUGAUUGCGAAAUUAUUCCAACCGUAUCAACUAUGAAUACAAGGUAUGACCUUACAUCAACCUGCGAAACUAUUCCAACCGUAUCAACUAUGAAUACAAGGUAUGACCUUACAUCAACCUGCGAAAUUAUUCCAACCGUAUCAAAUGUGAAUACAAGGUAUGACUUACCAUCAACCUUAUCUGAAAAUGUAGAUAUUCUACAUGAACCCCACAAUAAUAUAAAUGUUUUGAAUAAACAAGCGUUCGAAAAAAUUCUUUUCGAUGUUCACUCUCAUUAUAAGAGCCAGUUAGAUAUUGCAGAUUAUCGAUAUAAUCAACUAAGAUUACAAUAUCAAUGCGAAUUUGAUCAGCUCAACAAAGAAUAUACGGAACAAAUUAAUGAAAACAAAAAAAAACAAUGGUGUGUAAAUUGCUUCAAGGAAGCUAACUCAUAUUGUUGUAUAGGUAUAUGGUAUUGUAGCAUUGCGUGUCAACAACUACAUUGGCAAUUCCACAGAGAAAAUUGUGUUGAAUAUAAGAACAAAGUAGCUGUACCUAUAUACCCGCGCAAUAUUUUAAAUAUGUGUAAUAGUGGAGCUCAGAGUUAUAAUAAUACAGCGAUGAGAAAUACUAUAAUGAAUAAUAAUUUUAAUAACCCACUUCCAUAUUUGCAUGUUAGCCAGAAUUAUACUCCACAAUUAUAUAACAGCAGCUCCUCUUAUUACAAUAAUAUACCUUCUAGCAACUCAUAUCUUACCAAUUCGAGGAGCAUUAUUCAUUACCCGCCUAACAUUCAAGCAAAUCAGAACAUGUCUUCCAGAAUUCUGUACCCAACUUGCAUUCAUAAUACUAAUAUAUUAAAUUCUAAUAUGCCAUUUAUUUCUACUAUCUCAACUUUUCAAUUGAGACGCUAUCUGGAAAAUACCAAUAUGGGUCAUAACUUCAAAAAUGCCUAUGAAGAUUUAAACAAGAGGAGAUGA